CUCUCACCAGUUUGUCAAGUCACCGAGUUAUUGUAUCAUCCUGGUAUGAUCGCUUAGUCAUCAAUUCCCAGGAUCUCUCCCUUCUACCGAAAGGUCUUAUAUAAAUAACCAGUCCGAGUGAUUGAACGCAAAAGAUUCUGAUACUUGACAGCACGCAUUUCGGUGUCUCUUGGAAAAAUUGUGCCAGAGAAAAUGCCUCCAAUCGUGGAUUAUAAAGUGUACUGCAAAACGGAUGAUGCAAAUGGUGCGUUGGAGAUUCGUCGAUUUAGAAUUGAUAAGAAUUUUCGCGUAACUUUUGCGUUUCUCCGGGAGAAAAUAGAAAAUAUAUUUCCGAGUAUCAAGGACAAAUGCUUCAGCAUCUCUUGGAAAGUGAGGAUGAUUUCUGAGAAUCUCUAUCAAUUCCUCAAUCCUCUUGGGAUUGAUGUCAAUCUCCAGAUGAAGGUCAACGACGACAGGAACAAAAGCUCAACUGCUUCAGCUGCAAACACUCCAGGUCCUUCGUCCAUUGAUAAUUCGGAGCUAGAGGAGGAGAAGAAAAAAGACGAGGCGGUGGGUUGGACCAUUAUAUCAAAGAGUGGACCAAGCAAUGAUGCCAUUCCAAACACGAUGACUUCCACAACGUCUACUGUCGAGGAGAACGCACAAUCACAACCGAUCUACCCACCGCUGCCGAAACCCGAGGAGAAAAUAAUCUAUCACCCAAAUCCAAGGAUCCACAGUGCUGUUGAAGCCAUGUUGCAGAUGGGUUUCUCCAAUGAAAGCGAUUGGCUGAUAAAUCUUCUCGUUUCUAAAGACGGCGACAUCUCCAAAGCACUUGACGCUCUUCAACCAGCUCAGCGGAAUUAAAUAACUACUGAUUUAUAGUAUACCAACGUACAAUAGCGAAGUAAUUGAAUCAGAUAAAUCAAAUUUUCCGCUUUACCUCAUUUGAUCGCUCGAUUUAUCUCGAAAACUUUCGAUUCAAACUGAAAACUUCAAGAAACUUUUUGUCUGGCCAAUUAAAUGCCCCACAAAAAAGUA